AUACAUUAAAAUAGGUGAACGAUAUGAUAAUCAUGAAAAUGUAAAGAAACUUAUAGUUUAUAUGACAGAUACUUGGAAACUUUCCAUUAUUUGUUGAAUUAAAACAACAUUUUAUGUCUAUCAAUAUGUAAAUUCAUAGAAUCCUUGAUAGAAUUGAUUAAAUUUCUAAGAACGAUGACGAAUGUGUGAGUCAGACGUUAUGAUACGUAAUGUUAGAUGAUACUUUCAAAUAUUUAUCGAAGUUACGGAAGAAUAAAUAGAUUAAUUUAAUUUAAUAUAAAUCGAUAUUUAAUUAUAUCUCUUUGAUGAAGCCAUUCUUUUUUUCUUUUUUGUAAGAAAAACAUAUAGAACGUGAAUUAAUACGGGUAUUGAAUUCAUAAAUGUGAAUUAUUGUUAUCGACAGUAUACUUUUAAAUUCCAUUAUACAACACAGAGUGGCGCACGUGUUAGUGUCGACUUCUAUCGCGGUUACUGACUUAUGCUUUAUGAAAACUUACUGUGCAGAAAAUAGGUUGAGUGAUAUACUAAAGAAGAAGACAAACAUUUAUGAGCGCGUGCAUUACUUAAAAUUGACAUAUCUUCGCUAUGGGCUUGAUAUCAGAGCCAUUAUUAUUUGCCAUCGCUUUAAUUAAUACCGGAUCUGUGCUCUUUCUUUUAGUCUAUUUUAUUAUAACGUUAUCAGAUCUCGAAUGUGAUUAUUUAAAUGCUCAGCAAUGUUGUUCAAAAUUAAAUGCGUGGGUCACUCCAAAAUUAGUGACGCAUACAUUUUUGGUAUUUUUGUUAUUAAUACACGGCCAAUUAAUACUAACUUUGGUUAAUUUACCAAUGACUUUUUGGUUGUUCUAUGAGUUUUUUGGUGUUCCUAGUGGAAAUAUGGGUGUAUAUGAUCCUACAGAGAUCCACAAUCGUGGAGAAUUGAAAAGACAUACUAGGAAUUGUUUGAUCUAUCUUGGAUAUUAUUUAGUCUUAUUUUUUCUUUACCUCUACUGUAUGAUCAUUGCGUUAUUAAAAGGAGAUCCAGUAAACAGAAAUGCUGAUGAUCUGGUAGACUUCUAAACCAAAUAAAUUACUCUCAUAUCUGUUUUAUACUUGUAAGAUAGUGCUGUAUGUAUAGCAAUUAUUUUUUGCAAUACAUUAACCUCAUAUAUGUUGUUUGGAAAGUA